AUGGUUAAACAAGUAUUACUGCGUUUUGCUAAGCCGGAUGCUUUUAGAACCCACCAUCAAGAUCUCUGUGCUUACCGGAUGAACUGUGUGGGCAAGUGGUACCGGUGCAAUAGUGUGGUUGGUGGUAAUUUUGAAGAAGUUUGUCCAGAGAAGGUAAUUAGGUUUAAGCCGCCAUUAUACAAACAACGGUACCAGUUCGUUAGAGAUUUAGUGGAUCGUCACGAACCUAAGAAGGUUGCAGACCUGGGAUGUGGCGAUACCAAGCUCCUGAAGCUGCUAAAAAUCUACCCAUGCAUCCAGCUGCUUGUUGGGGUAGAUAUCAAUGAGGAAAAAUUACAUUCAAAUGGGCAUCACUUGUCUCCCUAUUUGGGGGAGUUUGUAAAACCCCGAGAUCUAGAUUUGACUGUCACCUUGUAUCAUGGCUCUGUUGUGGAGAGAGACUCCCGCUUGCUUGGAUUCGAUUUGAUAACAUGCAUUGAAUUAAUAGAACAUUUGGAUUCAGAUGAUCUGGCCAGAUUUCCUGAAGUGGUUUUUGGAUACCUAUCACCAGCCAUGAUUGUCAUCAGCACACCAAAUGCUGAAUUCAACCCCCUGUUUCCCACAGUGACCCUGAGGGAUGCAGAUCAUAAGUUUGAGUGGAGCAGAAUGGAGUUUCAGACCUGGGCUUCACAAGUGGCAAACUGCUACAAUUACUGUGUGGAGUUUACUGGGGUAGGGGCACCGCCAGCUGGAUCUGAGCAUGUUGGAUAUUGUACCCAGAUAGGGGUCUUUAGGAAAAACAGUGGGAUGCUAGCUGAACCCUCUGUUUCACAGCAGCACGACCAGCAUGUUUAUAAGGCUGUUUAUACAACGUCCUACCCGAGUUUACAGCAGGAAAAGGUGCUCAAGUUUGUACUGGUUGGGGAACUCCUGAUACAAGUGGAGCGCUUGAGGCUGAGGCACCAGAGAACGCUGAGGGAGCAGGAGAAGGAGCUGGACCCUGAGGCGGGGGGCUCGGACUUGUCCCCAGCCCCCCACCUACUGCUGGGAGCAGUCUUCACGGAGGCUGAAAAGGCCAGGAUAGAAAAUUCUCCCAAACCCUUCUGUGAAGGAGAGAAGUUUUGCAUACCCCUGCAGAGACUGCUUGCUUAUCCCAAACUGCACCGCCUCUGCGCUGACGAAGAGAGGAUGCGGUACCUCAUCGCUGACUCGGUGUGCCUAAGCAGUGACGGUUCUGCAGUCAUGGUUGACCUGCACAAUUCCUGGGAUUAUCGGUUUGAAGAUAAUUAAGCUGUGCCAGUUUCCCGAAGCUCAGAACCCUGCUGAUAGUUUGGCUUCAUUUAGAAUGAAAACUUUUUUUUUUUUUUUUGUAGCGGUGCUGGGAAUGGAACCCAGAGCCUUUUACAUGGUAAGCAAGCACUCUGCCACUCAGCUGCGUCCUCAGCCCUAGGGUUCAAACUUUGUACAGUCAUAAUUCAAGUAAUAUUUUGAGUUUUAACACAAAUUGGGUCCUGAACUCAUUGACAGAUAUGCCUGACAUAACAGACUGCUCUUUGCCUGAGAAAGGGCUUAACUAAAAGUAGUUGCUUUCCUUUAAAAUUGAAUUUUUAAAAAAAUUUGGUGUUUACAAGAAUGAAGAAAUUGGAUGUGGUAGUGUGUUAAUUUUGUCCUCACCCAUAUCUUGG